AUGGCGGAAGAGCACCGAUGUGAAACUCCGGAAGGUCACAGACUCUGCGCUAACAACUGUGGCUUCUUCGGGAGCUCAGCUACGAUGAAUUUCUGUUCAAAAUGUUACCGAGACAUUCAUUUGAAGGAGCAAGAGCAAGCCAAAACCAAAUCCACAAUCGAAACCGCUCUUUCCUCUGCCUCCUCCUCCGCCGUCGCCUCCUCUGCCGCUGCCGUAGUUGUCGAAUCUUCGGUUCUGGAGAUUGAACCUCUCCCUCAACCACCGGUACCGUCGAUCGUUACUAACCCGUCGGAAUCUUCGAUCGGACCGGUUCAAGCGAACCGGUGCGGAACGUGUAGAAAACGGACCGGGUUAACCGGGUUCAAGUGCAGAUGUGGAAUCACGUUUUGUGGGACCCACAGGUAUCCGGAGAAACACGAGUGCGGUUUCGAUUUCAAGGCGGUGGGACGAGAGGAGAUAGCUAAAGCGAAUCCCGUGAUCAAAGCCGAUAAGCUGAGAAGAAUUUGA